AUGUACACCCCCACGGCCAUUUUGUCUCACGUCAUCUUUAUGUUGAUGCUGGGCGAGUCCAUUUCAACGACGGGGGACGCAGCUCUUCACAACGCGAGAAACGGUCUAAGAUUACCUCGGAAUGAUUUGAGCCUACCAACAUCAGCUAUGCACGCCAAAGUUCAAAUCAACGUGGCGGUGUUGUUCCCGUAUGAGUACAUCUUCCACAAGGAACAAGUGAACUUGUCUUUAGGGCUGUCUGUAGAUCACUUAAAACACCUCGGGUUAGACGCUCGUUUUGUUCUCAACUUCAACCAAGCAAAUACAAACUGCAACGAAGUCGACGGCCCCAUCGCCGCGUUCGACUUCUACGAGCGCCAAAACGUCCAUGUUUUCAUCGGCCCCGUCUGCGACUACACCUUAGGUCACGUGGCGAUGUACGCUACCAGCUGGAACCUCCCUAUCAUCACACCCGGGGGUCACAGCCACGAUUUCAGUCGCGACAAACGCGACAAAUUCUACACCCUGACUCGUGUGGGAGUGACGUUUAACUUUUUCGUGCAAAACGUUUAUGACCUGAUGAAACAUUUCAAGUGGAAAAAGUUUAAAUUCUUCUACGCCAUGAACGAAGGCGGGCAGAAGGGUCACCGGUUUUGUUAUCUUGCAAGCCGAGCGUUUGUUCACUACGCUAAUGAGAGCAAGAUCGGGUAUUCCCCGAAUAUCAUAGACAAGGAUACCGAAUACUCCAAGCUGUUGGUCGAUGACGUAGGCAACAAGUUUAGUGGUGAGUACAGAUACACACAAAAUAUCUUUUACUGCUCUUUAUACUUGUCUUGUGAACUCUACUUCAUCUACUCUAAGCAUCGCUAA